GAUGAAUCGAAGAAAUCGUUUGUUAUGGGUUUAUUAUUACAAAGAGUUUGGAGUUUUCUUCUUAAUCAAGGUUCAUCUAAAUUAUUUCACAAAAAGUUCAGCACAGUUUUGCCAAUUUCAAUUGACGGAGGAUAUGGCUGGGUUAUCGUUGCUAUCACUUUUAUUGGCGUUUUUACCGUUGAUGGAAUAGCAUAUACGUUUUAUAUAUUGAUGCCAGGUUUAAUUAAGGAUGGCCUGACUGAAAGCAACUGCGCUUUAUCUAUAGCAACGAUAAAUAGUUUAUCCAUGUUAAUUGCACCUCUCUCUAGCAGUUUGUGCAAUGCAAUCGGAUUCAGGACUGUUAUGAUAAUCGGUUCUGUCAUAUCCUGUUUGGGAUUUGCAAUGUCUUAUUUUGCCAUCACAUUAUUCGGUUUCUUGGGCUAUUAUUUCACUUUUGGGAUAUUAGGGGGAAUUGGCCUUGGGUUAAUGUACUUACCGAUGUCUGUAGCACCAAGUAUGUGGUUUGACACUAAAAGACCGUUAGCAGUUGGUAUUGCAACGUGUGGGACUGGUAUAGGAAUGAUAGUAAUUCCAUUUUUACUUGAAUACCUGACUACUUGUUUUCAUUACAGAACUUUGAACUUAGUCAUCGCUGCGUUGAUGUCCGUGAAUGUGAUUACUGCUGUUUUCUUACGACCAGCUCCUACUAUUGAAAUUGAAGUUGACAAUAAAAAUGAACCUGAAAAAGGAGUUACUGCUCGCAAGUUUAUUGGAAAUUUUCAGUUUAAAGUAAAAGAAACAGAUUCCAGUUUUAGCGCUUCGCAUUCCUUCAGACAAUUCAGGAGUAAAAGAACUAGCAAACUAAUGAGCAGAAGUACAAUAUCACUGUUGAAAUUGAAAGAGAAACGAUCUUAUUCUGUUAACAGCCAUUUCAAUGAAGAAGUAAGCCAUUGCAAAAAAUGUUGGCUUUGUUGUAAAUACACCUUUGGAUUUCAUCCAAAAGGAUAUCGGCCUAUGUACAAAGCAGACAUAUUUUAUAAUGGAAGCAUUUUAAGAUUCGACAAAAAUUUAUUGAAAAAAAAUGUGGAUACAAUAAUGGAUUAUUCUAUGCAUGUUUACUACCUACCAACAAAAAAAGAUGUCAAUGAACCAACAUGUAAAGUUUGCUGUCCAGAAUCUCUAGUAAGAACUAUUUCUAAUAUGGCUAGUUACACUUUACUCGAAACUCCUAAGUUUCUCUGUUUUUGUGGAAGUGGAUUAAGUUUUUACGCUGUUGUGACAGUGCCAAUUCUAUUUAUUAACACUUACAUGAAACAAAGUACAAAAGAUGUUGACCCACAUCAUUUACAAUUGCUUAUCCCAUUUAUGGGAUUGGGCGUAUUUGUAGGCAGAUUAGGAGGAGGAAUAUUGUUGCACAUUUUUCCUACUAUAAAGGCUCUUGCUUUGUGUUUGAUAAUUCAUUUACUGAUUUCUACUUCAUCUUUUCUACUGACUUUCUUUGCUUAUUAUCCAUUUUAUUUUAUCUAUUCCUCUUUAUACGGGUUAUGUUUUGGGUUGUAUGGUUCUUUAAGAAAUCUGCUUUUGGUUGAUUACAUUGGCCUUGAAAAUUUGACGCCAGCAACAGGAAUUUUGUUCACAAUUGCGGGAUUAAGCAAUUUGAUAGGGCCUCCUGUAGCAGUGGAAAUAACUGGAGGAGGAAAACACUUGGAUUUAGCCUUUUAUUUUACUAGCAUUAUGUUUACAGUAUCUACAAUAUGUUUGCUACCAUUGAUCUGUGCGAAGAAGGCAAUUUCAAACUGAUCUUUUAUGUUCAUAUAUUUCAAUAAAAAUAUU